GGCGGCGGCGGCGGAGGCAGGGCCGCUCCGGGGCGGGAGCUCGCGCGCGGCUAAGUCGACGGCCCGUUCCCCGGCCGGUGCCUCGGUCGGUCCCGCGGCGCGGAGUCCCAGGGCGCACGCGCGCGCGCACGCCCUCCGCGCCCCGCCCCCGCGCGCUUCCGCGUCCCGCGACCCCGCGCCGCGCGCUGCGGGCUGCCGAGGGGCGGCAUGCGGGACUACGACGAGGUGACCGCCUUCCUGGGCGAGUGGGGCCCCUUCCAGCGCCUCAUCUUCUUCCUGCUCAGCGCCAGCAUCAUCCCCAACGGCUUCAAUGGCAUGUCCGCCGUGUUCCUCACGGCGACCCCCGAGCACCGCUGCCGGGUGCCCGACUCCGCCAACCUGAGCAGCGCCUGGCGCAACCACAGCGCCCCGCUCCGGCUGCAGGACGGCCGCCCGGUGCCGCACAGCUGCCGGCGCUACCGGCUCGAGGCCAUGGCCAACUUCUCGGCGCUCGGGCUGGAGCCGGGGCGCGACGUGGACCUGGAGACGCUGCAGCAGGAGGGCUGCCUGGACGGCUGGGAGUUCAGCCGGGACGUCUACCUGUCCACCAUCGUCACCGAGUGGAACCUGGUGUGUGAUGACGACUGGAAGGCCCCGCUCACGGUCUCCCUGUUUUUCGUGGGCGUGCUGAUAGGCUCCUUCGUUUCGGGGCAGCUCUCAGACAGGUUUGGUCGGAAGAACGUGCUGUUUGUGACCAUGGCCAUGCAGACAGGCUUCAGCUUCCUACAGAUCUUCUCCAAGAGCUUUGAGAUGUUUGCCGUGCUGUUUGUCCUUGUAGGCAUGGGCCAGAUCUCCAACUAUGUGGCAGCGUUUGUCCUGGGAACAGAAAUUCUUGGCAAAUCCACUCGAAUUAUAUUCUCCACGUUAGGAGUGUGCAUAUUUUAUGCAAUUGGCUACAUGCUGCUGCCACUGUUUGGUUACUUUAUCAGAGACUGGCGGACACUGCUGCUGGCGCUGACGCUGCCAGGGCUGCUGUGCGCAGUGCUCUGGUGGUUCAUCCCUGAGUCCCCCCGAUGGCUCAUCUCUCAGGGACGAUUUAAAGAGGCAGAGGUUAUCAUCCAUAAGGCUGCCAAAAUCAACGGGAUUGUUGCACCCUCAGCCAUCUUUGAACCAAGCGAGCUACAAGACCUAAGCUCGCAGAAGCCGCAGUCCCACAGCAUUCUGGAUCUGCUCCGAACCCGGAACAUCCGGAUGGUCACCAUCAUGUCCAUCAUUCUGUGGAUGACCAUAGCGGUGGGCUAUUUCGGGCUCUCCCUGGACACCCCUAACUUGCACGGUGACGUCUAUGUGAACUGCUUCCUCUCGGCUGUGGUGGAAGUCCCCGCGUACGUGCUGGCCUGGCUGCUGCUGCGGCACCUGCCCCGCCGCUAUUCCAUGGCCACCGCCCUCUUCCUGGGCGGCAGCGUGCUCCUCUUCGUGCAGCUGGUGCCCCCAGACCUGUAUUAUUUGUCCACCAUACUGGUGAUGGUGGGCAAGUUUGGAGUCACUGCUGCCUUUUCCAUGGUCUACGUGUACACAGCUGAGCUGUAUCCCACCGUGGUCAGAAAUAUGGGUGUGGGAAUCAGCUCCAUGGCGUCCCGCUUGGGCAGCAUCCUAUCUCCCUACUUCAUUUACCUUGGUGCCUACGACCGCUUCCUGCCCUACAUUCUCAUGGGAAGUCUGACCAUCCUGACAGCCAUCCUCACCUUGUUCCUCCCGGAGAGCUUCGGCAUCCCCCUCCCGGACACCAUUGACCAGAUGCUCAGAGUCAAAGGAAUAAAAUACAGGCAAACUCCAAGCCACACAAGGAUGUUAAAAGAUGAUGAAGAAAGCCCCACAGUCCUUAAAAGCACAGCCUUCUAACAACCUCUCGUGAGUGAGGAAGUGAAGAGGAAACACUGGUCUUGUUAGCACGUGUAGACACUGCGUCCUUCAGUGGCAGGGUCUUUGCUGUUCAUUCUGUUGACCCUUUGUUGCGGAUGGGCACCUGGACUAAGAAGUUGUAUGUGGGCCUAGGGCGCCACCUUGCCUCCAAGCGACACCGUGGCUGCUGACAGACAACUUCAGAGAAGUCCUGACAUAUGAUGGAUGGGGCACUUCCCAAGAAGUGAACUAAAACCAUUGGGAUUUGGAAGAAUAUGAGCGGCAUCUGCUAAAUUUACAUUUUAAUUUAAGACUUCUUGAAAAGACCCCUAAUAAGACUGGAGGUCUAAAUCCCACCCCC